AUGUUGGCCAAGGCUUUGGAGGAAGGUAAAGAUUUGCGUCCUCUGCUCGAGCAAGCUUCUGCUGUCCAUGGAAAUUCGCUGACUACUGAAUCUAGCAACAUCUGGCUCAGGACUAUCAAGGCUAAUAAGCCAGAUAUGAUGAUGAACAACAUUUCCAUCUAUAUCGGACAUGGCGACGCAGCCAGAACGGAUGAUCUUGCAAAGGGCGCUGGAGGCGACUACCGCUUCCUUGACUGGACUCGUAACAUGACUGCCACGAAGUUUAUUACUGAAUUUUCCCUCUGGCGUCAGAGUAUUCCUCAAGGUGCACCUCCUGCAGGGUGGGAUGGAAUAACCGGUGACAUCAAUGCGGGUCGAGGGGGCGACAACCUCUAUCUUAUCUGGAAGAGUGAUGUUUACACUGGUUCUAAGUAG